AUGGCGAACGGACAGCAGCGAGCACAGGCGGACACUCCGCCCCCGCACUCCGAUUUUCAGCCGCGUGAUGCCGCCGACGGCGGCUCUGUGUGUGAUGCGGAGGCGUGGACGAUGGAGAGUAUCCGGCGCCUGCUGCGGCGGCGACUCGCCGUACGGCUUUCAGGGGAGCUCCGCCGGUUCUCGUGGGACCCGUACGCCACGUCCGUGCUUGACGAAGAUGUGGAUCGUGUGAAGAGUUGGUACAUGCGCACCACCGUCUCCCGAUCCCCCGCUUACCUGACACAAUGGCACCAACAGCUGCAGGAGCAGCAACGCCUGCUGCACUACCAAUACCCCCAAGAUCAUCAUCAUCAUCAUCAUCAUCAUCAUCACCAUGGCAGGGGUGGGGCUUCGUAUUCCCAUCCUCGCCAUUAUCUCCCUUAUUAUUAUUAUCGUCACAAUCAUCACAAGAAUGAUGCUUACGCUCAGCAGCAGCAGCAGCAGCAGCAGCGGCAGCAGCAUUACCGUGAUCAACAGUACUACCAGUAUCAGCAAUCGCUCGAGCCCAAUCAUCAGGGAGACUUUUUGAUUCAUCAACAAGAUCAAUAUCAGCAUCGGUAG